AGUAUUCUUGUUAUUAAGUAAAAUGUGCAAAUGAUUUUCUUAUUUAUAUAUAGAAAACCUGACCUCUAUCGAAUAUUGGCCGGAGGAAUAUUUUUCGGUAUGAGUUUAUGCCACCGAGAUAGACAGGCCUGCUGCAGAGAUUUUACGUGCGUUGUAUGCUGAUCAAUUCCGCUGGAGGAGUUGUAACUCUGCAAAAAUACCUUCACAAAGUGAGAAUAUAACCUACUUCACAGGUCUUGGAUGCUAUCACUUCUGCAGAGUACAAUGGAAGCGUUACGGAGAGAGCUUAAGCAAUAUCCUUCAAGUUUUAGUGUGGCAGAUGACAUCAGGGCGGUAUCAAGUGGUGAAAAAAUCAAGUUAUAAGAUAAACUCCUUCUCGAAUUGUAUUCAACUUUAAAUGAAUUUAGUACCAAAAUGGAAAAGGUUAGGGCUUUGAACUUAUUAUCAUUUCUUUAUUUUGAUCUUGGGGACCGCCAAAACGCGAAUAAAUACAACUGCGAAGUUCUACAGGAAAGUCCAAACAAUAUAAUUGCAUUGACCAACAAUGCAUGGUUUUCGUUUAAGGACAGGAAAAACGUCAAUGUGUGUGAGGCAACCCUUAAGCGCCUGAAAACUCUUAAACCAGACAAGUUAGCUUAUGUAGUUGCGAAAGCAGAGAUGGCAUUUACGUAUUCGAGGUUUGGUAUGAAACAGUAUCACAAUGCUGUCUCAUUAUUCGGCGAAGUCAGAGAAGACAUGAAUUACAUUUUAAAAGAGAGAACGCAGGAAUCUAAGCAAAAUUCUCCAGGCGGUAAAAAUGUAAAAAAUGUGAUACUGUAAUGGAACUUAAAUGUGUUUGGACUUACGGCUACGCCAUGACUUUGCGGAGACUAUUGCAUGUAAGCAAUACUAAUGACGAAGAAGAUAUAGAUGUUAUUAAGAAACGUCACUGUUCUGUUUUUCAAUUAUAUGGUGAAAUUCUUGAACUGGAAGACAAAUCAGAAUGUAUACAAAGGUACAAGGCAAGAGCACUGGUAGAAGCAGGCUUACUAGCAUAUGGGGUUGAAAGAAAUAAAUUUUUAUUUCCACGAGGAAUGAAAGGUCUUUUACCAAGAAAUUCUUCUAUAUUUAUGCCCACGUCUAUGUACUUUGACACUGCGCUCGAAAUAUUUUCAGAUGAUGUUUUUGUACUGGAAAGAAGCGGGAGAUAUUUUCGGUAUGUUGAUAACAUCGAAAGGUCUAUUAUAUUGCUAACUAGAGCAAUUGACAUAAAAGGCACGUCAUUCGGGUACCACCACCUUGCUUUAUCGUACAUUCGAAUGCUUGAGUAUAAUCCAACCAAGUUGAGACAUAUGGUAGAAUCAACAAAUCAAACAAACAUUCAGAACAUGCUUUCGUUUCAUCAGCAGACACCAGAAUCCUCGUCCACAGGUCAUUCAAUAAAUGAAAAGCGUGAUAUCCGGAGCCAGGACAUACUGUCAUUGACGACAGGACUAGCCACGAAAUGUAAUGUUUCAGAUAAUAGUCAGUUACAAACAUUACCGUUUGAAAAUGAUUUAGCACAAGGAAGUACAAACAGUCCGAAUUCUAGCAUAUCCAGUGACACAAUAUACACUCGAACACCAAUACAAUGUAACGAACAAUCUGCACACACACUACAAAGAAAACAUGCAAAUACAAAUACAGACUUACAAUGUGAACUGGAUCCAAUGGCGAAAACCUUUUUUCCGAAAGGACAGUAUAAGCGUGAAGAAAAAUCUCUGUCACAGCAGCAAAGUACACAAACGCAUAUGAUUUAUGAAAGAUCGAAACAAAACCAUCAAACAGGUUUUAACACUGGGAAUGUAUAUGCAUAUAACUCGCCUCAUCGUUUUAUGCCCAUAGAAACCCCACACGCGUCUAAGCAAAACAAAAAUGCUAAACACUUCUUUGAAAAUGACAGUUUGGGACUUGAUUACACAGUAGGAAGAAAUGACUACACAGGAAUAGAUGGUCGAUUUCAUAGAAAUUAUGUAAAUCAGUACAAUCGCUUUCACAAGAUGUCUAUGAACGGCCAAAAUGUAAGACAAAGAAACAUGCCUCAUACCAAGCAGCAUAGUGCCAAGCCAAAGUUAGGUAAUGCAGUGAAGUGCCUCCGAUCUCCGAAACUUAUUGACUAUGAAAAACAUAAAGAUGUGAUAGACACUGCCAUCUCACACCUUGACAAAUCUACAAGAAUUUCAUCAAACACGGCAGCACUUUAUGACAAGGCUGUACUCUAUCGCCAGAUAAAACAAAGUGACAAAGCGUUAGAAGUUUUAGAAAGUCUAAUGCAAAAUGAGGAUGAUCUGUGCUCUAGCGUUACGUUAGCAAAUGCCUAUGAACUGGCUGCCUUUUGUAUAAGUGACAUCAUAGAUAACCACGAGAUAGUCGAUGAAGAAAGAGCCCAACAGCUGAUAGACGACAGACAAUUCUACUUGAAAAGUUCAAUAGAAAUUGAGUGCAAUAUUGUUGCGAAGCAUCCAUAUCUUGGUCAUUGCUGGAGAUCUGCUCAAACUUUGCGACAUAUAUUUCUCAGUAAAUCAAAAACAAAACGAACGAAACAAACACUUAAAGACCUUUGGUUCUUAUACAACAAGUUGAACAGUCAUUUUGAAGUUAUUGGCGUCCUAAAGGAAUUAAAAAGACUUAGCUGAAGAUGAUGGUGAAAAGAAAGAAAUCAUUGAAGAGAUCGUGAGAAAGUAUCUUUGUGUGCAGAAUUAUGAGGAAGCGGUGAUCGCUCUGUGGAUGUUAUGUCGCUUGAACGAUCGUUCUUCUAGUGUUGAUCAAAGCUUGUAUUUUGAGGUAUAUAUUGAUGCUGGACUCGAUGCGUUCAGAAGAAAACAUUUUGAAAAGGCGCGCCUGCGAAUCAAAAAGGCAUUCGAAUCCUUUGCAGAGCAACAAGAAGACGUCAGUAACAACGUUUCUUCUUUGACUGAUGAAUCUGAUGAGCAAUAUGAGCUUUUUAUUCUUUCAAACCUCGAAGACGAGGGACCAGGAAGGAAUCUGAUGAUGAUGUUGAAUAAUCUAGGGCUUCGCACAACGUUUAACUCAGACAGCACGAGCAUUCUGCCUGGAACUCCAGAGGUUGAAGGAAUAACAAAGGUAAUGAACUUGUCAAAAGCCUUUGUGAUAUUAAUUAGUUUUGAUAUAGAGGAUAAAAAGAUGCUACACUUAGUAGAUCGAAUGCAAAAUAUUUUGGAGAUUAGUGUCGAGGAAAGUUUUAUCAUGAUGAUAACGAAUGCAGAGACGGAGUUUCCGUCUAACUGUAGAUUAUCAGCAUACAAAAGGCUUAUUCUGGAUCUGGAUGUUAUUUCUGAGACAGACAUGGGUAACGAGGAUACGCACGAAGGCGUGAAGAGUUUGCUAAUGGCAUUUGCUUAUAUUUGAGACAUAGAAUGAGGACUUUCAGUUGAUAUCUUAGGUAUUAUGGAUCCAUGGUUGAAAGUUAUAUUACUUACAUGUCUCUAUAGGAAGUGUUAUAGAAGCAAACCUACAAGUCACACUUCCUUUUGAUACCAAAUCAAAAUUAACAUUUAGCCUGCUUAAUUUCUAAAAUGGACUGGUCCGUCAUUCAAUAUGGACAUUACUAUUCAUUAUCCAAAGGGGUGUUCACUGAAUUCAUACUGAUUGAAUAGCGAACAGUACAGACCAUGAUCAGCCUGCACGGACGUGAUCCAUGUUUUCACUGGUCGCAAAGGCUGAAUCACUUGCCGCCAGCAGGCUAAAGAAUAAUGCCUUCGUAUAAUAAUUUCAUUUAUCUAAAUUGUGCUAUUUGUGAUAGAUAUACAUUUGGAUGUAAUCAUUUAUUAAACCUUUUGAAUACCUAAAAAUAACAACUCUUGUAUUUCACGUUACAGGGUUGACCGCUGAUUUAUUUUUAAAUACUUGAUAUUAAUCACAAUUCGAAGGAAUUAUGAAUUGUUUAGAUAUCUUGUAGUUGUGCAUUUAUGACGUCGCAUUAUAGCGGAUUCAUUUUUUUUAGAAAGAUUUUGUUUAUUGUCUACUGCUUUUAUAUUUGCUUUAACCACAUGUGUUUGAAGCUCUAUCAAUAAAAUAUAUGUGCAGGUUAGAUCUGUACUAUUUCAUAGUAUAUUAGGUGGGUGGGAUAUGGUAAUGCAUACAUUAAUAUUGAUAGAGCUUCAAGCGCCUGUGCUUUAACCUUUAGCCUGCCGGUGGCAAGCGAGUCCGCCUUUGCGACCAGUGAAGAUCAAGAUCAGCCUACGUGGAGUCUGAUCAUGGUCUGCACUGUUCGCUAUUCAGCCAUAAAAUUUACAUUGAAAAGCCCUUAGAUGAUAAAUGGUACUGCCAAAAAUUGAAUGACAGACCAGUUCAUUAUAGAAAUGUAGCAGGGUAAAGGCUAAUCCCAUUGCAAAUUCUUGCUGAAAACGCAUUCCCUGUGGUAAAUAUUUCAGCAUGAAAUACACACACUUCAUGAAACGGACUGGUUUGGGGUCUCAUUUAAGUUAUAAAGUUAGUGGCGAAAUAAAUUAACAAAAAAUACACAAUCUGGUUACUAGGGAAAUUUUAUUAGACUGUAAAACUCUAAAAAUAUAUAUCACUAUUACUUUAUAAAAACAAAAGACAUGCAACAGUUUCAUAAAUCUUACGUUAAAAAUUGCUACUCACUUUCCAUGCGUGAAUGUUGUAAAAUAUAUUUAUAAUCCUUCUGGAGAAAAUAUGGAAUUUGUUAACGGAACAAAAAAUAUAUGUGCCUCGGUUUUUAGAAUUUAUUUAAGACUUUUUGCGCAUGUGUGCAAAAAUCAGGUGCGGACCCUGAAGUCCGACCGAAAAUGAUGUAUAAGAUAUGUACAUUGUACAAAUGUAUAUACUUUACGUGUUUUAUAGUUAACUGUCUUAUAAACUGAAAUUUGUCAUUGUGCAGUAAC